AACGAUGCCUGCCGCCACUCUACCUGGAUGAGACGGUCCUGCAUCCAGCUGCGUUCUCGCGCACCGUACCGAAGCGUGUCAGGCGCGAGACAGGACAAUAUCCACCGGCGGCUGGAGAGACCUUACCGUCACGACAACCGUCACGACUGUCGGGGGAAAAAACCGAUAAAGUGACCCACGAAAUCCGACUGCUACCUGACGACUGGGAGGAGGAGGGGGGCUUUCCGCAUCUGUUGCCUGGGUGAAUUUAUUAACACGUUAGCAUUCGGCUAGCUAGCCCUAUACCAAGGUACCUACCACUACGAGGUGAUUGGUACCUUGAAUUACACCGAAAACCACGAAUGUCAUCUCUCGUUUCGCUUGGACAGCGCUCAACAUGACUCUUCAGUAAAUACUGGUCUCGUUUACGGUGCGAUAUCGUACGUCCGUAGAAGAAUACGGACCUAAAUGUGUAGGAAUGGGUGUCAUAUAAGUCUGGGAAGCUAACAGAAGCUAGCAGGCUAGCUUCAUGGGAAUCCAGUUGCAGGCUAUGCGACUGCUGCAGAGCGUAGCGUCUAGCUACACACCCUGCUAGCUCAAAUGGAGUGUUUGUUUCCCAUUACGCCUCCCUGUGUGUCAGAUAGAUAAAUACAAUGAUUAUACUGUAUUCGAUAGUCAGCUAGAAGGCCGAGGCGACAAUGGAGUCUUUCCUGCAGAUAGCUCCCCAUUCCCUGGCCAUAGUGCUUUCCAGGGUCGGGGCUGGGGAGGCGGUGGGGGCGGCCGGGGUGUCAGAGAGCGACGCGUUGCCGAGACACCACACUGGCUAUGAAAUAUUUGCCGAUUUCAAAGCAGAAAAUACCCAGCAACACGUGUGGAACCAAAGGAUUACCGAGGCUGUGUCCGAGACCUUCUUCUUGGGAUGGAUAGACGAGCAUGUGCUGCUGAUCCAGGGCAAGGAGGACCAUCUGGAGGUGCUGAGGGAGGGAUGGAUGCGGAGGUCCCUCAAACCGCCACGGGGAUUUACCAUCAAAUACCUGGGUGAUGUGUCACCCAUCAGUAUGUCCCCCAUCAGCCAAUCGCAAUUCAUCCCUUUGGGAGAGGUAUUGCUAUUGGCUAUCUCUGCUAUGAACUCCGCCCACAAGCCUGUCACUCAGGAGGCCCUAACCGAACACCUGCAGACGUGUUUUCCAGGUGUUCCCACACCAACGGAGGAGGUUCUGCACCACACGCUAAGCAUGCUGGUCCGUGAGCGGAAGAUCUACCCAACACCAGACGGAUAUUUUAUUGUAACCCCUCAGACUUACUUCAUCACUCCGAGCCUAAUCCGAACCAGCUCCAAGUGGUACCACUUGGACGAACGUUCUGCUGACCGGCACCAACAGCAGCAGCAGCAUCAGAACCAGCAGCAGCAUCAGCAGACGCAGUGCACCUCCCCUCUCUCCGGCACCAUCACCCCGUCCACCUCUGGAGUUGUGCGCGAUCGAACACACCCGAAGUCCAGCCAAAACCACAGCGGAGGAGGUGGGGAUUCCAUUUUUAACAACAACAGUUACCGCGGAGACGACCCACCCAGCCACCACAACACCCUGCAGCGUCGAUCUCCCAAAGACCACCGGGAGGCGUACUCGUCCCCACGCUCCCCACAGACGCCUCCUCAGCAAGCAGCAGGCAACACCGAAAAGAGUCGCAGCACCCUCGGGUUCCCCUUCAAGACGGACACGCUCACCAAACACCGAAGUGGGGGAGGGGGAGGAGGAGGAGGAACUGGGGGAGGAACUGGGGGAGGAACUGGAGGAGGAACUGGAGAGAUAGAGAAACAGGCAGGUGGAGGAAGUGGGACAGGAAGUCGUAAAUUUGGUUUGAAGCUGUUCCGUCUGAGCUUUAAGAAGGACAAGACCAAGCAGCUGGCCACCUUCUCUGCACAGUUCCCCCCACAGGAGUGGCCGCUCCGCGACGAGGAGGUGCCCAGCCAGCUGCCACGCAAUGUCGAGAUGGAGAUCAUCCGCCGAAUCAACCCUGACCUUACUGUGGAGAACCUCGCCCGGCACACGGCGGUCAUGAAGCGCCUCGAAGAAGAGCGCGCGCAGAGGAGCAAAGUGUCAUCAGCCAAUCGGAGCUCCAGGAGUAGGAGAAGCGGGGGUCGACACAGGAAGCAGUCUCAGACCAAACUCAGCCGCUCGCAUAGCAAGAAGAGAGCGCCCCGCGGCGAGCCCAGCGACGGCUCCCACCCGGAGCUGGCCGACAGAGACUACAGAGCCUACUCGUCCUCACUGGCUCGGUCACCGAGGGAACACGCCCUGGCCACGGAGCGGCAACGGGCCCGCCUCCACUUGGCACAUAGCAACCCCAACAUCCUCGACUCCUCCCACCUACCUGUCACGCCAGAGUGGGAUGUGUCCGGAGAGCUUGCCAAGCGCCGCACAGAAAUGCCUUUCCCCGAGCCAAGCCAUGGCCCGUCAGCCCACCACUCCAAAGUCCACCGCUCCCACUCCCACACCCAGGAGAGGAAGUCCAGGAACGAGCGCAGCGACAAGGCAAAGGAACGCUCACGGUCCAUGGACAAUUCCAAAGGACCACUUGGAGCCGGGAUGAUCGGACCGCCCGAUUACUACGACGAACGAAGCCGUUACUAUACUGACGAUGGCACCCUCCGAGCCAAUCAGAGCUCUGCUCACUACUCUCGUGCCACACCCCCUUCAUCUAAACUGGCUGUGGAUUCUUUGGGGUUGGAUGGGGGCAGGAGUUUAGAGAAGAGUAAGAGCAGGGACAGCCUGCCAGCGUACUCGCCCAAACCACUGUCCAGCGCCAUCCCCCCUGAUGAUUACUUCCAAUGCGCUGGCUCCUCUGAGGCUGCUCUUACAGCGGCUAACCAGUUGGGAACUCUAAGCAAAAGUAGCCAUGAUGGAUUCAAACUCAGCAGCGCUGACAGGCAAAUGGACAGACAGACACCCCAUCCUCUAGAAAGUAAGGAGGACUUGUCAAAGAUGGGGCCUAAGGGUGGCAGCCUGCCUCCAAUGCCCCUCUCUAUCCCUGACCCCCCGCUUCUCAAUGGAAGACCUCCCCAUAGUGCCUCCUCUGGUCAGGAGAAACGUAAGGAGAUCUUUAGUAAAGACACACUCUUCAAACCUCCUCCUAGCCUCCCGUUGCCCGGCUACAGCUCCCUGAGAAAAACUCCAGCCCUCGCCUCCUCUACUCCAUCCUCGUCCUGCGAUGCACUUGAUUCCGAGGAGGCCUUCGAUGCUCCCAAACCUCUGGUGGCCACGCCAUCCGUCACCCCACAGGGCAUUGAACCCACUACCAGCGCAGCAGAGGCCUCCUUCGACUACUACAACGUCUCGGACGACGACGAACUCGAGGAGGGGGGCAACAAAAGUCGAGGAGACGACGAAAAGGCCGGAGGAGGUGUUGCCGGGAUGGGAGGAGGUGGAGCAGGGACCAUGCAGUGGCUGUUGGAGCGAGAAAAGGAGAGGGAUCUACAGAGGAGGUUUGAAAGAACCCUCACCUUCCCCGGUGCUAAAGAGAACCUUCCGGAGCCCAGUCAGAACCAGCAGUCAGCCCACUCUGCUAGACUUGACAGCAUGGACUCCAGCUCCGUCACUGUCGACAGUGGAUUCAACUCACCACGAACAAGGGAGAGCCUGGCGUCCAACACAUCUUCCAUAGUGGAGAGCAACCGUCGACAGAACCUGGCGCUGAGCCCCGGCCACCUCGGCAUCACCACCGGUACCGCCACCCCCUUCUCCUUCCGCACCAUCCCAGAACCUGCCGGCACACAACCGGAGAAACUCCAGAAGCCCAGCGCUUGCCUUGCGUCAAUCACCAGCGUAUAGGGGCGGGACUACUGUAGGGGCUGGGUGGAGCAACAGGAGCCGAUGGAGAGGGGCCAGAAAAAGAUAAAGUCCCACCCCCAAGGACUGUUACAUCUUUAGACUGACAUUAGUGGAGCUGCCACAGGCCCACUGUGGAACUAUAGCUAUUACACACACACACACACAUACAUAUAUACACACACACACACACAAACAAACAGAGAACUGUAGACCACCAGGAAACUCCUCUCUGUCGCUCUCACACACACACACACACACGGACAGACAUACACACACACACACACCCGGCCACUGGGCAGACUCCGUCAUUCGACAGCCUCUAGUUUACACACUGCUGUUGUGUUGUUUCACUAUCACGUGGGUUCUAGUGUAUGUGUGUGUGUGUGGGGGGGGGGGGUUAUGUUUGUAUAAUCUGUAAUCUCAGGUCAUUUUAUUUCCACUCUCAUUCCAGCUGCUUCAGAUCAGCGCAUCUCCCUCUAGUGGUGUCUGGUGGUAUUACACACUGAAGAGACGCUGCUCCUGCUGACUGCUGUUACUGAUGGUUCACACAUUGUCACUGAUCCAGCUCCUACUCACUUGUCUCUGUCGGCUCUCCUCUAAAUUCACCACCGGCGGACACCGUGUACGGUGCAGGGCCACAGGAUACGACAAUGACUAUUAACCAUCUCUCCAAAGUGAGGGGGUUAGACGGCUCAAUGAGUGACCUGUAACCAGGGCUGUUAUGAAGCUGAGCAGUUUGUGUGUCUGUUGGAUGCCAUGAUGCCCAUUUGAACUGUCUGAUCACUGUAGACCCGCUUCUCCUCCAGCUGCUGGCCGAUGUGUGCACAGCGUGAGGUGUGCAGCUCCAGGGAUGAGGCUUCUGAUUACAGAUCGUUUUGACCUUCAUGAGGGCCGAUCUUCCUCCACUUUGCCUCUCAUUGAGCGUUACCCCUCAUGUCCACGGAAUGCAGCUCAUGUUUCAGCUCCGUCGUGGCUGCUCAGUCCUCCACAAUAGGCCAUAAACAGAUGAGAGAGGAGUACGGUGGCCCCGAGAGCUCAACACACUGCAAAUUAAGAAGACCCUAGACGGGACCGUUGGAUCCCUGAGGGGGAAAUUCACACUCCAGCAGCAGAGAGACAAAAAACAAAUACUAUUUGAAGGAAAUAUUAAAGAAAUCAGAGAGGUGACAGUAUACACAUACCUGACACAUUAUAAGUGAGUUUAUAUAUAUAUAUACAGUGUAUAAAUAUCUAUAUUUAUUGACAGUUGACAUGAAAUUAAUAUUUAAUGACAUGCUGCAUUUUGUUAUUGACUUUGUCUUUAUGUACAUAGAGCAAAACUAGUUUUCUUGUUUGUUUAGCGGUGUUCACAUACAAGAUAUUGAGGUCCUGCCGAUGUUGAGGAGUUCGUGCUGACCGCUGAGUCGGCAUACCAACGUGUCCACCAUGGCCGUCACAGUAGGCUCCCAAACAUUCCUUUGAAUAACCAUAGGUGAGAUUUCUGGAUGUCAGUGAUGACGAGCAGGGUGGCGGUGGAGCCUGUUACGGUUUAACUGGCGGCACACAGUUGUAAAUACUUCUUAGACGCUGGCGACUCAUCUGGUUACUUUGGUUCUUAUUCAUCAGUUGUGUUUGUUCUUCAUUCGAGUAGGAGUGCGAUGUGUUCACACGCAGCCUGCAGCACGAUGUGCUCGCCACGGCGUCACCGGGUGCUCGCUAUGUUCAUGAUUUAUGAAUUCAUUUUGAUCCCCUGGCCGACUGUCCCACGUGAGCCGACGCACCCGAACAGCGGUGUCGUCGUGUUCGCCGGCUCCGUCUCGUGGCACCGUCGCGGCAGGACCUCAAUAAACCUUCACGACGCAAAAACAGUCAGAAAGAGAAACGGGCGGAACGUGUCGGCCGAACAAGUCUGACCGCUUUGAGGACGCGAUGCGGCCGCGUCCCGUGGACAUGAGGGGUCACGGUCACAUCCCUGCGACGCUGCUCGCCGACUUCCUGUAACGCCACGCUGUGUUUUCAGUGGAUGCUUGUGAGUUUUUUAUUUUUUUAUUUAAAUGCUGGCAUCAGACAAAGUCGAUGCUGCCGCUGGUGAAAGGCCGGCCCGGGGUGUCCGUUCACUCGGAGCAGCCGGACCGGCGCUUGAGGUGGCUGAGCGUCCAAUAUACGAGUCGACUCAUCCAGUGUUAUACACGACAAGCAGGGACGAGGCGUGUUUUGAUUUCAGUAUUUCUGUAGUUGCACACAACAUUACCAUGAGUUUACGUUUCUGUCCAACUUCAUGGCUACUUGAGUUUUUUUUUUUCUUGGUCAAACUGUUUGAAUCGAGUCCCUGAGCCCCUCUCACUCCUGGUGCUACGAUGUAUUAUGGCCAGAGGCGGCCAUGAUAAUAGUCAUAAUAAAAGGGUGAUGAGAGAGUUGGAGUCUAGUAAAUGGAUGCUUACAGUUGUAUCAAAGGUUUCACCCGUCUACCUUUGGCGAUGACCACUUAGUCCCUUCUAUAAAGCACGUGGGUGAACGGGACUCUGACUCCAGUGACGGCUGACGAUGGCACAGGGACACGUGAAAUAAGUCUCAUUGUAACCACGGCUGGAUUAACCCCUCUGGAGUACCUGCAGUCCUAUAGGCCAAUCAUUUCCCAUCCCUCUAUAGGCUCAGGGAGCGGUCAGUCAUCCCAGUGUCGUCGUCCAAUAGGCUCCUCUAUAACUACCUCCACAGCAGCAAAAACACAGCCCGUCCUUUCUACUAUCUCACUGUCAUCAGCCUCUAGCCUGUGAAUGUCUGCACACACACACACACACACACACACUAACACACUACACAUCAAAGUGCUGGACUCCCUAUUGUUUCCCUUUCUACACUAACACAGUUCUUCUAAUGGUACAUUCUAGCAUUGCGGUUCAGCUGCUGACCCCCGCAGCCCAAACACCCUCCUCUUCCUCCUCCCAGCCACUAGUACAGGACUUCAUGUGCCGCGUGAACCUCUUCCCUGAUCCCAGGAAGGGACUUGGACCUGUGUCGCGUUGGCCUUCUCACGAACAAGGCGUGUAACGCGAUAUCCUGCCAAACGGCGACGUGAGCUAAUCCGCUGUGACCCGGCUCCGAGGGCACGGUCCUCCAUCGCCUCCGUUCUGUUGCAGGCCGCCCUCAUACACGAGCUGCAGAUCACAUUUCAGUCACACGGACCCUCGCGGGUACGCGUCGAGUUUAAAUUAGCAAAUGACACAAAAGACGCACGUGUCGUUGCUUUUGGGGAAACAACGGUAUUUAUCAGAAUGCGUGUCGCUCUCGCCUCCCGGUCACGUUCCCGCUGUAGAGCAGGACCGCGCGGUUUAAAGAAAGUGAUUCGUUCCCGUAGCUGUCGUGGCUCAAUGGGAGGCACUGGGACCCCCCUGCCCGGCCGUCCUUGUCACACCGCGACCGACCAGUUAGAGUCAUUGUGCAGCGACGAGGCCGAGGACCCUCGCUGACUGCCCACCUGCAACGCGUCGUGUUUGUGGGAACGCGACCCCUGGAAUGGUCGACUGGAACUUGAACUCUUUGCCGCCGCGCUCAGAACAAAUAUACCAAACCCCUCUUCCAAGCUAACAUUCGGCCUUCCUCUGCGUCUCGCCGCGACACCAGGGUGAUGCAAGUAGAAAGGUUCAGUUCCAGGGAACGGCUUUAUAUUCUCUGCCUAGUGGACUGAUGCUUGUGUUCUCUGGACAUGGUCUCUCAUCUAUUCAUAUGUUAGGAGUCAAACCUCUGUUCCACAAUUUAAAGCCAUUUAUAGUUUUUAGUAUUGCUGGAUUGUCGCUCGUAGUCCACGAUGUCGGCAGCGUUCUAACUCGACCGAGUCCCUCUUCUGAACAUGGAGUAAACUGAAUCUGUAACUGUGCUCUUACCCAACAGUACGCUUCCAAUCGAUCACAAAGGCCCCAACAGGAGUGCUUUAAACCCCAUUCUACCUCUACAGAAGUGUUUGUAGUGCCAGCUGUUCCCUCAUCGUUUGGCCUUAUCCUCUAUGCUGUGACGACCGAAAUGCACAUAGCCAGGGAGGGAUGAGCUUCUGCUCUCUGUUCCACCUUUACCAUUUCGAGGGUUUCCUGUUCCUGGUUUCAGUCCCUGCUGUACCACUAAUCUUGGGUUUACCACUAUACUGGAUUUGAGUUAUUGUCCCUGAAGCGGAGUUCAUUCUCUAUUGUCCCGACAACUCUGGGCUUUAGCUCCGGUUCCACAGCCAACGUGGGGUUCUUGUCCCUGUUCCACCAGUAAUAUGACUGGGGUCCCCCCAGUAAGGUGGAGGAUCAUGGGUUCCAUCCUUUUUAUGUCUAACGAUUGCACCAGCCCUCCAACUCCUCCCUGCUACUGUCUGGCCCAGUGGCCCUCCAUCACCCCCUCGUCUCCUCCAGCCACACUUCUGUAACCUUCCAUCCCUUUUCUACACUGACAGUCCAUGAAAUGUCUUCCCUUAACAUCGGCGGUGGUUUAUACAAAUGGAGGUUCAACAAUAACAUUAUUUCUAAUGGUGACGGUAUGUCAUACCUGUAAAUGAUGUUUAUCUGUCAUGCCUAGUCAAAUAAUUUAAACAAUAAAAAGAGGGAUUUUUUUUAAAUGUCUAUAAUAUCGGAAAGUCCCUUUGAUGUGUAGUACUGGUGUUACCGUUGUUGUAGUGUAUGUGAUACCCUAUUGGGAUUGUGUUACUUUUUAAGAUAAUAAAAUAACAAUGUUUGGUUACA